UUUUAUAUUCAUUUUAUUUUUUUGUUUCCAUUUAACCAUUUUCUUCUCCCACCGAUUUCUCAAGAGAGAAUCAAUUCCUCAUCGUUGGAAUUGUUCAUUCUCUAGAUUCUUAGCUUUCUCUUACCCUCUUCUCUUCUAUCUCCUUCAGAAAAACCAAAGCUUCAGUUUAUUGUAGCUGUUUUUUUUUUUCUUUUUCUGGCUUGAGAUUAUGCUGGAAAAUUCUUAGACUCACAGUUUCAGCUACAUUUUGCCGUAAAGAUCUGUGCUUUGAGCUGUGGGAGGUUCAGCCUUUGACGGGGUUGAAGUCGUUCUUUCUUAUGAGCCUUUGAUUUUUGUUCUGCAAAACUGUACCAAAAGAAAAUUCCAAGUUUCUCUCUCUUGAAGCUCAAAGCUUUUGUUUUUUUCACUGUGUCUUUCUCUCUCUUUUGAUGGACUUGUGAAAUGCUGGGGUCAGAGGCUUCUGAAACAUGUUCUAGCAGGCUUUUGGUGAAUUGGGUCGCUGUGGUUUCUGGCAAGGGUGGUAGAGAAUCUCAGUUCUCAGAGAUCUAAGCCUCUUUGGUGCAUAGUUGUGAAAGUGAAAGAGAGAAGAAUAAUUGAAGAUGAUGAGGAUGAGGAAUAGUAAUAAUAAGACAAAUGGUGUCUCUUCCUUCAUGAAUGGUAACUCAGCUGGUUGUAGAGCUGAGCCUGGUUCCAAAGAUUGGGAGAUGAGGCCAGGUGGAAUGCUGGUUCAGAUGAGAACAGCUGAGUCGGAUCGCAACUCAGUGUUGGUUCCUACAAUUAGAGUUAGGGUCAAGUAUGGUUCCAUUUACCAUGAAGUCAACAUUAGUUCCCAAGCUUCAUUUGGGGAAUUGAAGAAAAUGUUGUCAGGGCUAACUGGAUUACACCACCAAGACCAAAAGCUGUUUUACAAGGAUAAGGAGAGGGAUUCAAAGGCUUUUCUUGACAUGGUUGGGGUGAAGGACAAAUCAAAGAUGGUGCUAGUGGAAGACCCUAUUAGUCAAGAGAAGAGGUUGUUAGAGAUAAGGAAGAAUGCUAAGAUGGAGAAAGCUGCAAAAUCUAUCUCAGAAAUCAGCUUGGAAGUAGAUAGGCUUGCAGGGAGGGUGUCAGCUCUUGAAUCAAUUAUUAGCAAAGGUGGCAAAGUGGCAGAAACGGAUGUGCUUAGUCUGAUUGAGCUAUUGAUGAAUCAAUUGCUUAAAUUGGACGGUAUAAUGGCUGAUGGUGAUGUGAAAUUGCAGAGGAAAAUGCAGGUAAAAAGAGUUCAGAAGUAUGUUGAAACUCUGGAUUUGCUGAAAGUUAAGAACUCUAUGCCUAGUGGCAAUUUAGGCCAUGCCUCAAUGCAGCCUCAACAGAAACAUUCAAAUCUGGGACCAAUUCAAGAGCAACAACAAAAGCAUUCAAAUGGGCAUCAUAGGUUAGCACCAAUUGAGGAGCAGCAACAUGAUCAACCAAGGAACACAAAUGGGCAUUCUCUAGCAUUUCAUCAACAAGAGCAACAACACCAACCCUCAAGCCAUUCCACCUCAGGAGUUGUAGUUACUACAAAUUGGGAGACAUUUGAUUCUGCCCCACCCUUAAUUCCUGUGCCAUCUACAUCCACACUCUCCUCAGUGACCAAUAAUUCUGGUCCUCCUAAGUUCAAUUGGGAAUUCUUCGACUAAAGUACCAUACCACGUGAUUUUACUUGUGUGGAUGUGAUUUGGGUUUGUCUUCAUCUUUGAGUGUUAUAUGUUUUACAUUCUUUUCUGUAUUUAGAUUUGUUUAGCAACCCCCUCUAAUCUGUCAGAAAUAAAUGGGGUUGCUAUGAUAGUGAUUAUCAUAAAAAAAAAGUUACAUUUCUGUGAUUUUGGUGUCCACCGAAUUCAUUUACCAAAUGUAUGGGCCUAUUUUUGAUGAAUAUAUAUAAUUUUACUAUC